CUCUCUCAUAAACGAAUGGUCUCAAAAUGAAGUUCAUAUCUAUCAGAUGCAAAUCUCUUUCCCUAGGCUUAAAUUUUUAGCAAAAGAUUUUUUUUUCUCUGGCCUAAUAAGGAAACGUGGGGGAGGAAGCCUUUUAAUGUGAUUCCAGACUAAAGGGCUUUCUUAUUUCUAGAGAAAAAGCCAUUUUCCGAAAGAAUAUUUCACAAACAAUAUUUCUUUUCAUUGAGUUUUCCAGGAUUUUGGAGAUUCCCAACCAAUCAGUAGCUGUGAUCUUCCCUUUUCUGUCUCCAGCAGAGAGAGGUGGUGGAUGACGACUAUGCCUCUGCAUAGUAUGUGAUCCUGAGCCAUGCUUCAUUUCAGGAACUGUCCAUUCUGUUUGACAGUAGACACUUUCUUCCUCAUGAGGAUGUGGCUUUACUGUCCAGAAUAAGGUGCUGAUGGCAGGUGACAUUCACAACAAUAGUCAUAACACCUAAGCCAGAUACAAAUAGGAUUUUAAAUAUGGUGUUUAUCUUUUUUAAACAAUGCACAUGGAGUUUAAGUGAUUGUUCAUUCAAAAAUGUGGGCAAUUUUUUAUUGUAGUUUAACUUGUUCAUUUUUCAGUUUUUUUCUUUUCUUUUUUUUCUUGGAUUUUCUCAAUUGUCAGCAAGAUAUAUGGGCAAUUACAGUAUUUUUUUUCUUAUCUAUUAUUCUUCUCCUAUUUACCCCAUUGACUGAUUUUGAAGCAAGCUGUAACCUCCUUUGCAUAAGGAGCCAUUUGGCUUUUUUCACAUGAUUCUAUAUGUCUGAGGUUCUAUAUUUCCGAGAUUCUAUAUUUAUGAAUGCAUAAUGCUCAACUGUAAUUUUAUGGGUUUCAUCCAAUUGAGCUUGCCUCUGCUUCCCUUGUUUCUUGUGGUGUUGAAAGUGACGUACAGUAUACUCUACCCUGACUAUUGUACUGUAAGUAAACCAGACUCUUCCAUUGCCACUUUAAAAAAAAUGUAUACAGAAAAAUGCUAGCAUUAGGACCUGCGCGGAGUCUUUGAAUCAAGAGGUCUCUUGAUUCAUUCAAUCUCUCUUAGACAUUCACACACAUACACACAAACUGCAACAAGAGGAGGAAAGUCGGCCAAAAAGGCUUUAAACAUUUCAAAGUUUCCAUUUGCAGAAGCAAUGGGGAAACGUGGCAGGCCAAGGAAAGAACUCAGAUGUGAAGGUGAUGCUGGGAAAGCUGUUCUAGGGCAGCAGCAACUGCCAGUGAUAGAUAAUACGUCCAGGUGCCCGUUCAGUGACAUUUUCAACACCAGCAGUGAGGACUCCAUGGAGAAGAUCAACACUUUCCUACAGAAUGUGCAGAUUUUGCUGGAAGCAGCCAGCUACCUGGAGCAAAUCGAGAAAGAAAACAAAAAGUGUGAACAUGGGUAUGCCUCAGCCUUCCCUUCCAUGACAAGUCUUGGGCUGCAGGACCCAAAGCCACUGCAGAGACUGAGCCGGUCAAGAAAGCAUAGCAGCGGAGGCAACAGCACAGGCACCACAAACAGGUCUACGCACAACGAACUAGAAAAGAAUCGACGAGCCCACCUCCGCCUGUGUCUAGAGCGCUUAAAAGUUCUGAUACCAUUAGGACCUGACUGCACCAGACACACAACCCUUGGGCUGCUUAACAAAGCCAAAGCGCACAUUAAGAAACUUGAAGAAGCCGACAGAAGAAGCCAGCAUCAGCUUGAGAACCUGGAAAGAGAGCAAAGAUUCCUAAAGCGACGAUUGGAGCAGUUGCAAAGCCCUCAGGACAUCGAGCGAAUACGAAUGGACAGCACUGGAUCAACCAUGUCCUCAGAUCGCUCUGAUUCAGAGCGAGAAAUUGAAGUGGAUGUGGAAAGCACAGAGUUCUCCCAUGGAGACGUGGAUGAUAUCAGCACAACCAGUACGAGUGACAUUGAUGAUCACAGCAGCUUGCAGAGCAUUGGGAGCGAUGAGGGUUACUCCAGCGCUAGUGUCAAGCUCUCCUUCACUUCCUAGAGCCUGGUGCUAGAGCAGAGCAACUGGUUUCUUUGGAGCAACUGAGUUUCAUUUGGCAGAGCUCUCAAGAUACAGUAUUUUUCUUACCCAACCCACCCUUCAACAGCUAAGCUUGGACAGACACAACUUUAGAAUAGCUCCAUGGGUCCAUGGAAGAGUGGGGACCUAGCAGGGGAACCAAUUAGUCUUUAUCUGACCAUAACCCAAAUUUUUUGACUUAGUGCUAAACUUCAGUUAAUUUCAAAUUCAGGACACCGUUCCAGUUACAUAUAGCUGGACUGAGAUUUUUCCAUCAGCAGUGGAUACCUAUAUUGAAAGAUGGAUUGGAUGGGAAACUUGGCUGUUCAGGUGCUUGCUUUUUAAUUUGUCACCAUUGGGGGGGGGGUUCCCCCUCCUUAUGUUCAAACUUAACAAACUUGUUAUAAGACCCUUGUGGUGCUAAUAAUAAAUAAUAUAAAGUAUGUCCAAUAUCUAUGAUAAUCUAGCAUAUCUGGGAUAGCUGUAUGUUUUUCCCAAAUAAUGGGAAAAAGUAGCCAAGGUGAUAUAGUUCAUUGGAUGAACCACUUCCAAUGCAUUUGCACAAUACUUUGAAGGGUUUUUUUUAAAGCUCCAUUUUAAAUUUCUUUAAAUUCCAUCAAUGAUUUUUUUUAUUUUUUUUCUUCAAUAUAACUAAGCAGCUAAAUAGUUUUCCUGUAGCUUCACCAGCAAAAGUUAGUCCAGUCAGCAUCUUUUAUUAACUGGGUAUCUCCAGCCAUCUUUAAUCAUUACCAUCUGAGAAAUGUAAUAAUAGCAAGAUGUUCUGCUUAUAGCUCAAUGUUUCAGCUGGACUUGGUUUCAAGGCAAAAAACUUGGGCUAUACGAUUUUACCACUAGAUUAUUGAGUUGUAGCAGCCACCACAGGUGCAACCAUGGUCUGGAUUCAGUGGCUGAAUUAGAAUGAUUCUCCUGUUAGAGGGCGAGAGACAGACCAGCCUGUAAAACAAGUGAUGAUGUGCAAAAAAGACACAAGACUCCAUUCUGAGCCACAGUUACCUUUUUUUUCUUUUGCAAAUUAUUUUGAUAAAGCUUUGUAAAAGUUGUUUGGGUGAGAUAACCUACACGUGACAAUGUAUUUUUAGAUCUCCUAGACAUGAUCUUGCAAACCUUUUAUAAUUAACACCAAUUGAAAGGGACUUGUUUUCCUGCUGCCAUGCACAAGAGGAACAGGGACUCCUUCUUGGGUUUUAUGGCUCUACCUUUUGGAUUCCCUUUGCAGACUUUGGUACCUGGAUUCCUAAUAUAAUCUUGGGUUCAUAGCUAAGAAGCAUCUCAAUUUAACAAUCUGCUAGGUUGAUUCCAAUUUCUCCUGAGCAGAAACUGUUGUUUUGCAGUUAAAGAAUAAGAUUGUAUCCAAUGUUUUUAUCAUUGUUUUUAUUUUGAACUUUCUAACCUGCACUUUGAGGUCUUUGCUUUUCUUUAAGCUUUUUAACCACAGAGAUACUUAUUACUGUUCCUUUACCCAGUUUAAACUUUAUUCUUUAUUUUGAGACUUCAUCUAUGACACUUAUUUGAGAAUAUUGUUUGGGAGGGGUAGUAAUUUGCCUGUUCCCCAAUUACUAAGGGAAAAAACUGAAAAGUAAAAAAAAAUGCUUUAUAAACUCAUAACUUAUUGCUGAUUAUAAUUACUGGUUGUUAAUUUCAGUCCUGUAGAUCUUUAAUUUUAUUGUUUAGAUAGGACUGGGUGACAAAAAAAUAAAACAAAAUAACCUCAUUUAGCAGUACAGUGGAAUUGUGUUUAAAUGUUAGCAUAUGUUUCUGCUUAAUAGUAGCACUUUAAUACCAUUAAACAUUUCUGUAUCUGAAAUACGUUUGUUCUGCCAUGUUGGUCACUCAUGAGACUUUAGAAUACUCAUGUUGUUUGUGCCUGAAAAAAACCCUCCAUUGGCCAUGUGAUUAGAUACCCCAAAUUACUUCUCCUGUAGAUCUUGUCUUAGUACUGUUAUGUUGUGUGAUUUAACUCCAAUGUGUUAGGCAUUUACCCCAGAGCUAUUAUUAUAUUGUAUAACGUACCACUUUAGGACCUGUGUCAUGUAUUAGAGACAUCAUGCUGCCAGGUUUUAUAGUGUGUUCAUAGCUGGGGUUUUAAUUCUUAUGUUCAUUAAAAUCUGGUUGCAGUUACACAUCUCUCCUAUGGAACUAAAACUACUAAGUAACACCAGUUUAUAUGGUAACCUCUCCCUCUAGUGGCUGAUAUAGGAAUUGUUAGUUUUAGUUAAUGAGAGUAAAGAGUAAGAGUAAGAACUUUUUAUAAUUCUGAAGCCUAUUAAAUAUGGCUAGUUGUCUUAGUACAAUUUGGUGGGAUGGCAAGAAUGAUAGCUGAAAAUUCAAAUGAGCUGUCACUCCCAAUCUACGAUUUCUUAUCCCAGCAAAAUAAACUUGUUUCUGUGAAUUCAGCUGCAGAAACUUACUUAAAAGUGUGUGUUUUCUCGAAGCAGAAAGACCUGACUUCAAAUUUUAAUGGUGUCUUCACUAUCCCACUGGGUCUUAGUGUGUUAGAACUAGAAAGGCUGGAUAAUCAGUUGUAACACACUAUCAAUACAGGGGAAAAGCAGGAACGGGAUGAGAAGCCUUGCAUUGAGAAAAUCAUUUCAGGAAAAGGCUGAAGGAACAGCCUUGACGUAAAGUCUGAAAAGUGUGCGUCAAAGAAUGCACAGCUUUGAUUAAUACGAUCUUAAAUUAAGAUCAUGUAAAAAUGAUUCUGCACCAAUUCAUUCCCAAUAAAUUAUGUUUAGUCCUAAUGCAAAACCGUUUAAUCAGUCACCUUAUGUCAUUGGACAUCCAUUUGUCUGAAAUGGUAUAGGGGUUCCUGCCUCAGUAGGGGAUUGGAGUAGAAGACUUCCAAGGUCCCUUCCAACUCUGUUCUGUUCAUAACUUUCUUUGAUGUAUUUGACUUGGUAAAUAAGAAACUAUAAUCCAGAUAGACAUCUCUGGAAAUAAUACUCUUUCCAUUUUACAAAGUGGGAAAAAAGUGUUAUACCAUUUAUUAAGUAGGAUGUACUGCAGCCUGUCAUAAUUUAUUGCAAGGACAUACUAUAUAUUUUUCAUAAAUGUAAAACCAUAGCCUUCAUUAUCCUUUUGUUUUGGGGUGUUAUACUUGUUCCUUAUCUUCAAUUCACAACCUUGUAUAUUAUUUUUUCCACCAUACAAAAAUUGGAUUCUCGUUUGGAAUAUAAUCCUAUGCAAGUUUACUUAAGAGAUAAAUCCCGCUAUGCUCCAUGGGACUUACUCCCAUUUGUAUCUGCAUCAAAUUAAGCCUUAGAUUCAGACAUGAGGUUGUAUACACUUUUGCAUUUAAAAUGCAGGGUAUUUUUUUUAUAUAAUGGGAGUGGUUGUAUCAGCAUCCAAGCAGGGCAGUUUGAGGCAAACCCUAUUUUUCUGCUUUGGAAAAUCUCUUCGGAAGGUGGCAUUAGCUUUGGAAAUAAAAAAAAUGCCACUAUUUCAAAAUCAUCUAUGUAUCUUGAUGUUAGCCACCUCAAAAGGCUAAAUAAGAAAUGCUAUUCUCUUACAUGUUAUGCUUUUAUAAUAAGCAGUUCAGACAGCCAUUCUAGUAUGAUCUGAAAGUCACAUUCACUGAUACAUCAUUCCAAAUCUGUGCCCUUAUCUUCUACUUGGCAAUACUGUGUAUAUGAGAAGAAUGAUUCUGUAUUUUAAUGAAAAAUAAAGAUGCAAAAGAGGGCAUUUAUACUUGUUACAUUCAAAAAGAAAACCAGGAUUCCUAUAGAGUUAUUAAAUUUUCACUUAUGGUAAGUAAAAUGGCUUACACUGAUUCAGGCAGAGAUGUUUUGUAUUUCUAGGUCUACUAAGUGAAAAUUUACGAGACUGAAACAGAAUUUAUAUAUAUUUUAUUUAAAUAUGUAUAUUGGAUGUUUUUUAUUGAUUAUUUGGAGAGGUAUCCGCUGUAUCUAAAUUUACAUCAUUUGUGUCAAUUUUUGUGAAUGGUAUAAUUUGCAGUAAAAACUUCAGUUUAUUAGAUAAAUUAUAAGAGUCCAAAUGAAAAAUUCGUCUCUUACUUCAAAAAUAAGUCAAAGGAAGGGUUUAUUUACUAUGUAAUGCAGGCUAUUUGAGUACUUUUUCCUUCAUGGUUUCUUGGAUCAAACUAGCGGGCUAAAUUUAACUUUUUAACUUUGCUAAAUUCUAGGAUAUUGUAACUUGUUUUACCAACAAGUUUAAUUAUUUAAAAGUUCUGAUUUUUAGAAGCCUGAAACCUGUCUUGGCUACUUUUAUUUUCUUUCUCUUCAGUCUCCUUGUACAGAAGAGUGGGGGAAUUCACUUAUAUCCAUAUACCAAUUCAGUUGGGCAUAUACCAAAAAGUGGAUAUAGGGUUGCAUACUUAUAUGAAAUAAAAGAAGCAAAGACAAAUAAGUAGGCUUCAGAAAGCAGAAACAUUUAGUAUAUGUUAAUCAGGUCAAUACUUUUUAGGAAUUUAUUAAACAGGCUUAACUGGAAGCAAUAGUUAAAUCACUUUUCAUUCAGACAUAUCCAUUCUGUUUAUCUCACUCUGAACAGGUAGUUUUUAACCUUAUGACUAUUUAUUUAAGACUAAGCAAAGUCAUGCUGGCGUUGAAAAGUGACUUACACCUGGUUCUCACACCAUUGCAGUGUUCAUACAGUCAUGUAAGCAAAAUUUGGACACUUGACAACCAGCACUUAUAUAGGACAACUAUAACAUUCUGGGGUCAUAUGGUUACCCUUUGCAACGUUCCCAGGGGGUUCCAGCAAGCAAAGUCAAGAGGGAAGAUAUAUUUGCUUAAUUACCACAGCGAAAAGGUUUAAAAUCAGAUGCAACUCAUUUAUUGCUUAGUGAUAAAAGUACUGUUCCCAAUUGUGGUCGUAAAUUGAAGAGUACCUGUCCUACAUCAAUUGGUAAAUAUAAUAUCUACCGGUAUCCAAAACAUAAUUUGGAAGAGUUUAUUUCUUUGUGUACACUGGCUGACAUUUCCUUACAAAAAAAGGAAUGCUUAAAAAAAUGUCAGCAUUACCAGCAUUAUUAUUAUUAUUAUUAUUAUUAUUAUUAUUAUUAUUAUUAUUAUUUGCAGCUAUUUUACUAAGAAGACUCAUGAUUUUAUUAUUUAGCUGGUUAAAUCAGAAAACAUAUAAAGAAUGCUUAACGUGCUAAAACGUUUUUUUUAAUGAAUUCUAAAGAUCCCUUAAACGUCGUGCACAUCUUUUCAAAAAUAGCUAAGACACAAAUACAGUAUACUAAAGUAGUUCUAGAUAAUAUCAGUUGGAAGUACCUCACUUUAUUAUGUAAAUGCUUCCCUGUGCUUCAGAUAUUGCUAUAUCUUUGGUAUUCUUCCCCAUCCUGCAAUAACACGUACAAUACAGGGUUUUGUUUUGAAAUGUUCUAUCUCAGGGCCAGUUCAUAUUAGCACUGGACAAAGUAACUAAAAAUACACUGAUCACUUUUUUGAGAUAUGAGUCAAUGGUUCUGCCUUUAGAAGCUUUCAAAAAUAAUUACUAUCCUGUGUUAUGCCAAAGGUUGAAUUUAUUAACAAUAGUGUGGCAGAAAUGGUCUGAAGAAAUGGCAGGAUUUUCUAGUGGUUAUUACUUUGAGUCUAUGGCAUGCAUUGAUCAGUUCACUCAAUCUGUACUUUUAUUUAGGGUAUCUAUAAAAGUUGAAAUAAUAAGGCAAAUAAAGACCAACAGGGUAAGACCCUAUGACUACAAAUAACUUGAAUAUCCUUAAUUCUAACCACUGUAUUUAUAUUUUAUUUCUAGCAGCAAAAGAAACUUAAGAAACCAAAUACAAUGAUCCCUAAAAAUAUAGAAUAAUAAAAUUAUUAAACCCCCAUGAAGGAGCUUCAUUAGGCUACUUGCUAAUAGUACUUAAAUACACGUUACAUACAAGUCAGGAAGUUGAAAGCCAAUUUACUGUAUCUAACACUACCAAUUUCAGCUAAUUUAUUAAGGGAGAGUAUACAAAGCUGCAAUUGGUCAUAAUGAGGUCAAUAUAUGCAGGGUUUUUUUUCUCCAUGGUAGCUUGCUGGCUGUUUUAAAUUGCUUAUUAAGCUCCAUUUGGAGUACAUAUCAAGUGGAUGCAAGCUAGCAUCAUGUAGGUAUAAAAUGUUUAUCUAUUACAAUAAAUAUGUAAUUCCAAUAAAUAGCAAGAUAUUUUUACAGACAAAAUUACUCUGGCAGUGCUGACAAUGUUUUUAUUGAAAUUAGCUGGUGCACAAUUCUGCAUUUACUUCCAUUAACUUGCUUUUUAAAAUCACAGUUGCUAGAAAUUACUUUCCAUGUAUUCUUUUCCUCAACUACCACACCAUGUAGAUCCUGGAUUUGUAAAGAUUAUUCUUGCUAAACUGAAGUACAUAAACCCUGCUUGUUAUGUUGAAACCUACUCAUAGCAAAGGAUAUAAUUCUAGUAUGACAUCUUAGUUGGAAAACUCCAAGAUGUUUUCUUGAUUCCUAGCAAAAAAAAAAACUUUUACUGUUUUGCUACUUAAACAAGCUAAUGAAAUUGCAAUAUAAUCUUACUAGCAAUAAUUUGCAGUUAUAAUGACGGAAAGUAAAUACAAUGCAGGACCUUAAAUCUAAUGCACACAUUUUAUCUUAUAUUAUGUUAACAUGUAUCUAAUGCAAAAAUUAGGGUUGUGCCACUAUGUUAUUCAGAUAUUUAUCAGAAGGAAAAAAAAAUCAGGAUUUUUUUUCAGUUUUUAAUACAUUAUGGAAUUCUUUUGCAAUCUUUAAAGGGGUAAAUCACAUGGUGCUGUGAUUCUACAUAGUACUAUGAUAUUGCACUAGUCUAAAAAUGCAAUUCCAAUCUUAAACAAAUGUAUCCUGAACAAAUACUGCACAUUUUGACCACGUAUGAACUUCAGUGCAAGCUCAUUUUUAACGUGUCUUCUAUCAUUGUUUCAAUUCCCUUGAACUUCCUGAACUAUGGCAGUUAUAUAUUGACUCUAUAGCCAACUGGUAUUUUGAGGAUUUGACAGCUACAAAACAUCCCAAUAAAUCUUUAAUAAGCAGAUUGACCAGUGCUAGUCUAUAAAACAAUACCGAAAUGCUGAUUGCAUCUCUCUAUCUGUAAUGGUGCAGGGACGGUGCUGACAACACUGUUGCAUUUUCAUCAUUGUAAACACAAUUCUUUUGUUUGUGGCCAUCUAUAUUAACUUGUUUAAAUAUAUAAAUAAAUUUUAUGACCUUUUAUUUCAAACAAGUUUGUUACUUUUCUACUUUCUGGUAUCACCUAUAUUAAUAGAAGUUCCCAAAACACAACAGUGCUUAAAUCCAGUGCUCAAUGCUUUGAGAAUUACAACGUAGCAUUUCACAUGGGUGCAGCAGCAUCUGUGCUGGACGCUCCUGCCUAUGUUGGGUUGCAUGCUCAACAUCUAUAAAACAGAUUAAUUGCAAGUUAGUUUUCCCCCAGCAUUCUCAGAGGAGCAAAUUUCAUGAUGAAUCACAAGUUGCUUUUGAAGUGGUUUCUAAGAUAUAACAAAAUUUUGUAAAGAAGCAAUAGCUCAAGACCUAUUCUGGAUAUAAGAAUUAGUUAGACUCAGAACCUAAGCUCCUUUCGUGAAUUCAGCUGUGUUUGUUCUUUUCCAACAAUUCUAGCGCUAUGUAUUUCAAAAACUACUUUUCCCAAAUAAAGAAGGUACUUAUUUAUCCAUAAAAUAUUUUAUAACACAAAGUUUGCAACUAUGUUGUUCAGUUAGUACCCAAAGGCUCAAAAUAUAGUCAGGUCCAGGCCAUAUGAUACCUUUAUAAGAGCAUUUUCCUCAUAAAUGGUAAAAUCUACCAGGAUUACCCAUUUCUCCUCCACUUUAGUGAUGCUAAAUCAACUUCUAUUAAAUCAUUUUAACAAGGUUUUAUGGACAUAGCAAACAGAUUUUAAACACUUUAUUUUAAUAAAAGUUACAUACAAAACUCAGAUCAACACAGUAAUAAAAAUUAUUUUACCUUUUUGCUGAAGGGAAGAAUCUAUAGGUGGAUUAUAAUCUAUUAGUUAGGGAUUUAAAU